AGCAUAGAAGGUGUUGCAAAUCUCUCUACGCAAACCAUGCCGGAUCUGCGGGCCACGUUGGAUUACAUACAGUCGAAGAGAUUCAAGAAGGAAAGUGGUUAUGAGACCACUUUGGCUGAAAUGCUUGAAGGUGCGAAAAAGGCUAAGGCAGACAAGGUGCUGUAUGAGAUGAAAUCGAAAGACGAUUCGAUGAAGUUUCGAGCAAAGGGCAAGAAGACAUCACCAGUUAAUAUGCUGGAUUAUUCAAAGAUAAGAAGUCUGACAAAAUCAUCUCCUACCGAAAAGGCAGUGGCUUUUGCCUGUCCUGGACCCAAUGAAAAGAAUCCAGUAAUGUUGUAUGCGAUGCGCUUCAAGAAAGAGAAUGAUUAUGAAAGAUUCAUAAGACGAGUAGAGUUCCCUCCAUCUUCAAAAUACCGAGAUUCCGAGUAUAUUGCUUCUUCCACAGAGAGGUUAACCCAGUCUUCGAGACCUAUGUCUCGAGAAUUUGGAGAGCAAACUUCGUCUGCCAAGCUUAGAGGACAUCGGACAAGAAGUCGUGCAAGUAAAUAUACUACUUCAACAUCAUCAUCGUCAUCUUCAUCGGUAUCUACAUCGACUGAGAGAGGUCAUUCUCUAUCCGAUUCAAGUAGAAAACGGGGACAUAAGAGUGCAAGUACGUACAUUUCAACGGAUGAAUUGCACCCACCUUAUGUUAAAAGUCGUCGGAAUCCUGUGAUUUCUGCAAGAACAAAUUAUGAGACAAGUUACAUUUCUACGAAAGCUAGGAUUUACAAUUUAUACCCAUCGUAUCGUCCAGCCCAUUCUGUUAGACCUCAAAGCGUACGAGUUCGAAAUGUCUACCAAGUGACAAGAGACUCCAGCGCUGACGAUAGCUCCAGUGCCUCCUGGACUAGUGCGAGUACUUUGCUUAGUGAUUUUACUGAGUUGUCAUUUAGUUCUCUUGAAUAUUUAAUGGGUUCAAGCGAUUUUAGCUCUGAUGAUGGUAUUGAUUGGUGA